UCCUGCAAGCACUCUGUGCAUCAGCCCCUCAAGAUACCAAAAGGGAGGCAAAAUCCAACCAACCAGCCAGCAUGGAAAAUGGGGGCUUUACCAACAUCUGUGAAAAUGUAGAGAACACUGGCCUUUAUGAGAUUCCUGAUUCAGAGGAGGCAAAAGAGGAGAAUCCUGAUUCAGAGGAGGCAAAAGAGGAGAUUCCUGAUUCAGAGGAGGCAAAAGAGGAUCAUCUUUAUGAGCAAGUCCAUGAAGACCCAGCAUCUCCUUCUUCCACCACCACUCCAGAAAGCAUGGACAUCAGCUGUCAGGAGAGCCCAGAACACAGCCGCAGUAAUUCUGUGUCAUCUCAGCAAGGAGCUGAUGGGGAGGAUGGUUCAGCUUCCUCUCAGCAAGGGACUGAAGAGGACCAGCAUCGCCAGGAAGAGAUGGAGAUGAUGAGCCCAAAGCCCAGUGAUGAACGUGUAGAGAGGAUGGUGUUUGGAAAUAAUAUUCCAUCUCCUACUGGAUUCAGUCUUCAUAAGAGCCCAGGUACUUCCCCCACCUUCCCAACUUCCACCAGAUUUCCAGCUAACAACAACUUGGGAGAAACUGACAACUUUCAGAAGGAGUGUGAAAUUUUCCUCUUUGUUAAGCAAUUGCUUUUCCUAAUGCUCCACACCUUCUGCAAAGUGCCAAAGGCCCACAACUCCCCUUAACAUCCCUGAGGGUU